AUGCUUCGCAUGGAGUCUGCGAAUCAAGAGAUUGAUGGCAGACCCUUACCUCCACUUGGAGAAGAUGCCCGGCCCAAGUUCAAGCAGGGAUUUGAUUUGCUUAAAACAUGGGUUGAGGAAAAUCUAGACCUCUACAAGCCUGAGUUGCGCCGUGUUCUGUGGCCCCUCUUCGUCUACUCAUUCCUGAACAUGGUCACUUCGUUUUACCCCCAGGAUGCGAAACAGUUCUUCGAAUCGAACAAGAACAUGUUUCUUCCGGAACACACGGAUGACAUUCGUGUCUUCGAACCCAUUAGUCUGCCGGAACACGUCCAAGACAAUUCAACGGCGAAACUCUACCGUACUAACAAGUACCGCGUGGUCUUGAGCAACCCGGCGUACACCAACCUUCUUCAAUUCUUGGAAAGCAAAGAGAAGGAGGGUGGCUCAGUGAUGAAUGCCAUCCUGAGUAGCUACUGCGUUAUUAAGACGAUGGACCGCGCUGCUGACGACCGUUUCAGCUUUGCUGCUAUGCUCGGCCAAAUUGGAGCGGGUCAGAGCUUCCCUUCUGAAGAUGAGGGUAUUCCUGGCCAUCACCCUGGUUCGGCUUAUACGGGUGACAAUCCAGCCAUGGCCGGAACCCUACCCAGACUCAGACUGGGGAAAAUGCCAAUGGAGCAGGCUAUGGAAGAAGACGUUCGCGCAGAAUUGGCCGAUGAGGAUAUCAAAAUACCUCCCGUUGCUGGAAAGAACACUUUCACACAGGAAUUUGACCAUAUGAUCAAAAAGGAGGAGGAGGAAGAAGCACCUACGCGCGCUGAUAUUCCAUUCCCGCCCUCUACUGCUCGAGAUGUAGCUAUGGAGGUCAUGAAGGUCAAAGAGAAUCGGGAUCGUUAUAAACUGGACGGGCGCACUGGUGGCGUUGGACCGGGUAUCAGUGUGUGCAUGUUCACUUUCCACAACACCUACGAUGGUAUCAAUUGCAUUGACUUCUCCGAUGACAAUAUGCUCGUCGCAGCUGGUUUCGCCCAGUCUUACAUUCGUAUCUGGAGUCUAGAUGGCAAGAACAUCGAAGCAGCAUACCCGGAAUUAGAUGACAUGCCCCCAGCCAACUCUAGACGACUCAUUGGACACUCAGGUCCUGUCUAUGCCGUCUCUUUUGCUCCCUCUACCCCCCGGAACGAAACUGCUACCGGGGACGAUUACGUGCCCACAAAUGUUCGCUGGCUUCUCUCCUCUUCAGCGGACAAAACAGUCCGUUUGUGGUCGCUUGAUACUUGGCAAUGCAUGGUCGUUUACAAGGGCCAUGACCGUCCUGUUUGGGACAUUCGCUGGGGACCCUUUGGUCAUUAUUUCGUGACCGCGGGCAACGAUCGGACCGCCCGACUUUGGGUUACUGAUCACAUCCGCCAACAGCGUAUCUUCGCCGGCCACGAUCAAGAUGUCGAUGUUGUCUGCUUCCAUCCUAACUCCGCCUAUGUAUUCACCGCCAGCUCCGACCACACCGUCCGCAUGUGGGCCGUGACAACCGGUAACGCAGUUCGCAUGUUCACUGGCCACACCGGAAACAUUACUUCGAUGGAAUGCAGCCGCGAUGGAAAGUACCUCGCAUCUGCCGAUGACCAAGGAUCAAUUUUCCUGUGGGACCUGGCACCAGGUCGCCUGCUGAAACGCAUGCGCGGCCACGGAAAGGGCGGCAUUUGGUCUAUGAGCUGGAGCGUGGAGUCGAAUGUUUUGGUCUCUGCCGGUGCCGAUGGAACGGUCCGUGUAUGGGAUGUUGCCGCACCCCAAGAUCCCGGCCGCGUGAUCGGCGAAGGAGGUGCUGGCACCAAGCUUGAUGCCGGAAACGCGCCAGCCAGCGCCCCCGGCCAGAGCAAGAAGAAGAAAGGCAAAGACGUUGUGGUCACACCCGAUCAGAUCAGCGCUUUCCCGACUAAGAAGAGUCCAGUUUACAAGGUCAAGUUCACAAACAUGAACUUGGUUGUUGCCGGUGGGGCCUAUCUUCCUUAA